AUGGCAACCAUGCAGCGGCUCAGAGAAGAAGACGACACAGUCCUCCGUGGAUCCGAAGAUGAAGCACGCGCCCUCGAGGAAGGAACAGGCGCCGACGAAGUCGAAGACUCAGAAGAAGCACCUCUGCGCCAAAAUGCCAUCAUUCUCCCCCAAGAGCUGAUAGAUAUGAUCCUCGAAAAGCUCUUCGAUGAUGACCCGCACGCUCGACCCAGGAUUCGAAUCGAUUCCAACUUCCAAACUCCGCUGGCUCUCCGUCUCUGUCACUGGACCCGCGAGAAAUACGUUGCGAAAUACUACACCCGGAGCACCUUCAUCCUCUCAGCCCCCAAAACCCACACCAGCUUCUUCAAAUACUUCCACAGGCUUCCUUACGAAAGGACAUGGUGCUACAUCUACGAGUGGCGCGAAGAUGAAGACGGCUGUGAAGUUUCGAUAUCUCGCGAAAAGCGGUCGCAUCCUCGGCAUCGGCGAUACCUAUGCAAAUGGUUUCGAAGGGAGCCGAGCGGCUUUUACCGCGAGAAUGAACAGUGGAUCGGGAGGUUGCGCACUGUGAAGCAAUUUUAUCGCCGACGUGCCGAGGACUACGAGGUCUGGAGACGGUCUUUAGAGCCCACGAUUCUUGGAAUGCAAUCUGUGACUUCCAUGGUGUGCUUAUUACUUCCAUGCGUCGCUAUCGCGGUUCUGAUGAUACGAGAAAGCUGA